ACUACAUCCUCUCACUAAAGCACAUUUCACACUUCUCUCUCUUUCUUUCAAUCCAAUUUCUACAUCUAUAACCGCAAUCCAAACAAAUCUCUCCGGCGACAUCAUGCCAUCUCAUUCAGGCGAAACCGUAUGUGUCACCGGCGCCGGAGGUUUCAUCGCUUCUUGGCUCGUCAAAUCACUUCUCGAAAAAGGUUACACCGUAAGAGGCACCGUGAGAAAUCCAGAUGAUCCUAAGAAUUUCCAUUUGAGAGAGCUGGAAGGUGCUAGUGAAAGGCUGAUUCUAUGUAGAGCCGAUCUUCUCGAUUAUCAGAGUUUACACUCGGCGAUUAGCGGCUGCGACGGAGUUUUCCAUACCGCGUCUCCUGUAACUGACGAUCCUGAGGAAAUGGUUGAGCCAGCAGUGAAUGGGACGAAGAAUAUAAUCAUUGCAGCAGAUGAAGCAAAAGUUAGGCGGGUUGUGUUCACAUCAUCUAUUGGAGCUGUUACAAUGGAUCCUAAUCGGGCACCUGAUGCAGUUGUUGAUGAGAGUUGUUGGAGUGAUCUGGAAUUCUGCAAAUUGACCAAGAAUUGGUAUUGCUAUGGAAAGGCAGUGGCAGAGCAAGCAGCGUGGGAUGAGGCAAGGGAAAGAGGAGUAGACUUAGUGGUUAUAAACCCUGUUCUUGUUCUUGGUGCAUUAUUGCAACCAACUCCAAAUGCUAGUAUCAUCCAUAUCCUCAAGUACCUAACUGGCUCAACCAAGACUUAUGCAAACUCGGUCCAGGCUUAUGUGGAUGUUAAAGAUGUGGCAUUGGCACACAUUCUCGUCUACGAAUCUCCUUCUGCUUCAGGACGUUAUCUAUGUGCAGAGAGUGUUCUUCACCGUGGAGAUGUGGUGGAUAUUUUGGCUAAGUUCUUCCCUGAGUAUCCUAUUCCUAACAAGUGCAAAGAUAAUGGGAAGCCUAGGGUGAAACCAUACAAGUUCUCGAACCAAAAGCUAAAAGACAUUGGCUUAGAGUUUACUUCGGUUAAACAAAGCUUGUAUGAGACCGUCAAAAGCCUACAAGACAAGGGCCAUCUCCCCUUGCCUACCCAGAAUCAGAACAACAACGACUCCAUUCGCAUCGCCUCUUGAUUGAAUAUGAUGUUAUUAGACAGUUUUCUUGAAUAAAAUGUUAUCAUGUCCUCAGUGUCAUGAGUUCAAGUCUACAUCCCGGACCAUUUUUGGGUCCUUUAAUAGCUAGUCUAUUAUUAUAUAUAUCAACGUGAGUGAUCGAUAUCAUAUGCUAUAUAACUAUGAUCUAGUUUCCGUUUGUUGUCUAUCAUGAAUAUCAAUGUAAUGAAUAUGUAUAAUUAUGGUAACUUUCUAUUUCAAAAUUUUCUAAUAUAAGAUAUUGCUCCA